AUGAAAAAAUGCUAUGAUUAUAGUAGUAGAAAAAAGUAUGAUGAUGUGAAACUCGCCAAGAUGAUGCUUCUGGAUGGGUGUUUUUUACUACAAUUCAUCCGCAGGGGAGGUAUGAUAAACAUUUUUAAAGUUCCCAAAAUAGAUUUUGUGGUGCAGGACUUGUUCUUGCUGGAGAACCAACUUCCCUAUGGAGUCCUCAAGUUGAUUUUUGAGGGAGAAAAUUUUAAGGUUGGUCUACCAAUGGAAAAGAAUAUAAUAAAAUUUGUCACUGUCAUUGGAAUGCCAGAAGGGUUGUCAUCAGAAAUACAGCUAAAAGAGGUGAACGAAGAGCCCUCUCAUCUCCUCGACCUUUUGCGAAGUGCUCUCCUAGGCAGGUUUCAAAUGAUUAAGAGUCAGCCUGAAAAAGAGCAGCAACCUAAGAGAAAAGGAAAGUUGUCGUCGUCUCAAGGAGGAAAGGAGGGGCUCCGUUGGCCAUGGAAAAAAGGCAAACAACGGGGCAUUAGGCAGUCUUUUCGACACAUCAAGGAGCUUAAUGCUGCCGGGAUCUAUCUCAAACCGAGUAGAACGUGUUUCUUGAGAGACAUUUCUUUCAAAUCCUACUUCUUCUGUGGCUACCUGAAACUUCCCCCAAUAACCAUUGAUGACUUCACGAAGACCAAGUUCUUGAACAUGGUAGCCUAUGAAAUGUGUCUAGAUGCCCCAGAUGACUAUGCGAUCACUUCUUAUAUAUGCUUCCUUGACAACCUCAUUGAUCAUGCAGACGAUGUCAAGGAGCUGAGAUCUAAGCACAUUCUCCACAACCUUUUUGGCAGCGAUGAAGAUGUGGCCCAAAUUUUCAACAAGAUCAGCAAUGGCUUGGUAGAUCCCAGAAUUUAUAAAGAUGUGAAAGCUCGUAUACAAAAACACUACGACAAGAGAGUGAAUACUUGGAUAGCUCAAGCCCUUCACGACCAUUUCAGGUCUCCAUGGACUGUCAUGGCUUUCAUUGCUGCUGUUUUGAUACUAUUUCUUACUAGGGUUCAGACCUACUACGCUCCUCCCGGUAAUUAA